CGGGUUACAUUAAGACUCGUAAAAGCGCCCUAAACAUCUAUUUACUCACCAGACUUUAAAAUCGAAAUUAGCUGUAUGUUAAAACACCACGCAAUAUAGUUACGAGUUCACAGGAUGUAUGGUUUAUUAUUUUAUUCGUCGGUAGCCCUUUUGAUGUUGUUGCUAUGGUGAUGGGACUUAACAGCGAGGCUAAAGAAAGACAUUCAACCGUCUGUUAAACAACAGUCAGCAAAUAUUAUCAUCCGUUUAAAGAAUUCAGACAUGGAUGAGCGCUUUGCCUUUCUGGCUGAGUGGUACGACCCCAGCGCUGCUCUCCUGCGACGAUACCAGCUGCUCUACUACCCUAAAGAUGGCUCCGUGGAGAUGUUUGAUAUGAAGAACCAGCGCACCUUCCUGCGCAGGACCAAGUUUGAUGAGCUUCAUCCAGAGGAUCUGUUUGUUGGCAACCGAGUGAACAUCUUUUCCCGUCAGCUGAACCUCACAGGUUAUGGGGAUCAGUACACAGCCAACAAACUGGGCAGUAAGAAGGAGAGGACUUUGGCUAUGAUUAAGCCGGACGCUGUCACAAAAGUUGGCGACAUUAUUCAGAUGAUUUAUGAUGCCAACCUUAUAGUCACAAAAGCCAAAAUGACCAAACUUACAUGGAAGCAGGCAGCGGACUUUUACACGGAACAUCAGUCAAAGUCUUUUUUCAAUAAUUUGGUGCAGUUUGUGAGCUCCGGUCCCGUGAUUGCUAUGGAGCUGAUGGGGGAUGAGGCAGUGUCGACUUGGAGAAAAGUUCUAGGCCCAACCGAAUCUGGUGUGGCACAAAAAGAUGCAGUGAAUAGUCUCAGAGGCCAGUUUGGUACCGAUGGCACUAAGAAUGCAGGACAUGGGUCAGACUCAUUGGCAUCUGCUGCACGGGAGCUGGAGUUCUUCUUCCCUUCCACUACUAGUCACGGUCCCUCCAACACAGCCAAGUACUCAGACUGCACCUGCUGUAUCAUUGAACCUCAUGCCAUCUCAGAAGCAUUGACAGGAAAAAUCCUUAAGUCAAUUAUAGAAAAUGGAUUUGAGAUAUCUGCCCUACAAAUGUUCAACAUGGAUCGAGUAAAUGCUGAGGAGUUUUUGGAAGUUUAUAAAGGGGUUGUAGCCGAGUACACUAAUAUGGUGGAUGAACUUUGUUCUGGACCUUGCAUGGCCCUGGAGAUCCAUGCUACUGACGCACCCAGAACCUUUCGGGAGUUCUGUGGACCCGCAGACCCUGAAAUUGCACGCCACCUUCGGCCUGCCACUUUACGAGCACUCUAUGGCAAAAACAAAGUGCAGAAUGCCGUUCACUGCACCGACCUACCGGAAGACGGGAUUCUGGAGGUCCAGUAUUUCUUUAAGAUUUUAGACGGGUGAAGCAACCAUGAGAAACAUCUGUCCAGCAGUUAUUUAAAUAAAGACCACUUGAAAGACAA